GCGGUUUCCCCGAAGAGCCAGUAGGAGUUCGACUGCCGCACUGUAGACAACUCUGGUCUCCGCUCCACAGUUAUAGCUGUUCCUCGCACGUGUGUAGCUGGCAGUCAGUCCACGCUCUGACAGGCCAGUUCUAGCUGAAGCUCUCGUGGCAGUCAGUCCAGCAUGGACUUCCAGAGCGCCAUGGAGACGUUUGCCGAAGCAUGGGUUGCCGCCAACACCAAGCCACCUCCGCCGGACACCAAUCCCGCCGGACUGCAGAACCAAGCGCUAGCUCUGAUAACGCCGCGAGAGAGAAGCUGUGAGCCUGCUUCUCCAGCCCACGUGCAGAGCAGUCCCGUAAUGCCGCCUCCGGCCUCUUCACCGCCUCCACCGCCCCCGGGACGAGGGGAUGAUGACGCCUCCAGCUCCCAGUUCAUUGCAUCGUGGAGACCGUAUCAUCUCUCCAGCAGUGGAAAUCGUCCAAAUCGCCGAGGAAAAGCUCCGUAGAAACAGACAGCUAUGUCAUCAUCCCGGUCAACACAGCUUUCCAAGAUCUCAUCCAGGUGGCGCUCCAGCGGCUUGGCUACUCCAAGGAAAAUGCUUCGGCCGCCAAAGGUUCCAUAGUGAUAAAGAAUUGGAAGCCGCUGAGCUUCGAUAAGAUAGCAGAGAGUCCCAUGAUGACGGUGGGCGAACUCCUUGGAGAACUCACUACGGUCGCCACGGUGCGAAUCCAGAUCUUCAGGGUGACACUGUCUCAACUGGUUCGAAGUCAGGCGAAUCCGGCAACACUGCCCGAUCCUUCUGAGGAAGUGAGACGGAAAUUCGACCAAUGGUGGUCGUUGCAGCUGAGUCAGCAGUUAUCCCCCCGGCCUCCCCGUUCACUCUGUUGGAAUUCCCCUCCUCCCCCAAUGGACGUCGACCCAAUUCGCAAACAGGACAAAUGUCCCGAUGACAGAGUCCACCCUGCUCUACAGACUGUACAGAGCCAAUACCCAACGCAGAAAACAAGGAUGAGGACUAGCUUCGAUCCCGAGCUAGAACUACCAAAGUUGCAGAGAUGGUUCUGUGAGAAUCAACAUCCUAGUCGACAACAGAUUCAGCAGUACGUCAAAGAGCUGAACAGUCUGGAGUCACGCAGGGGUCGCAAACCACUGGACGUCAACAAUGUGGUUUAUUGGUUCAAAAAUGCCAGAGCCGCCCAGAAACGAGCCGAAGUAAGGAGCAUGGUUCCAGGAAUGCACUGCACAAUCGGACUGAACGGAUACAACAGCAACAGCCAAAGCCCCAGCGACACCACGUUGCUGAUGAAGAGUCCCGGAAGCCAAAUGCAGGAUGAUGACGAUGAUGAUGAAGACGAUGAUCAGGAUGGUAGAGCCAGUUCACCCAUUGCACCACUUUCGCUAACCAUGUCCAAAUCUGACAACCAUGACAGUGCUCCAGCCAAGGAAUCAGACACUUGCUCCAUGGAGAAGCAACCACAAAACAUAAAGCAAGAACCUCCCGACCAGGAAAACCGUCAACCCCACUCUCCCUGUGCCAGCAACAGCAGCAAGAACCUCAACAACACUACAACCAACAAUAACAACAACAUCAUCAACAACAACAACAUCAGUAUAAAGGAGCAAGUGGGUGGCGAAAUGUCUGAGGAGGAGGAGGAUGGAGAGGAGGAGAUAGAUGAGGAAGAGGGAGAGAGGAUGGAGCGACCUGGUCCAGUAGGAAGCCGGAGUCCAGUGAGGGAGCAGAUGUACCAGAAUUCGGAGUCGCCCGAUCUCCAGAUGAUACCAAGGUCAUCAAGCUCGACAUGCCCUGGUUUCCCCAUGGUGUCCAACUCGAUGUUCAGUCACAGCUUCAUGUAUAUGAGUCAUUAUAUCCCGAGUCUACCGCACAACGCGUCCCACCCGAGUCCUCAAGGUCUCAACUUGUCUGCUCUGGCCGAUGAACGUCGCAAACGCAACCGCACCUUCAUCGACCCCGUCAGCGAGGUGCCUCGUCUCGAGCAGUGGUUCGCUCUCAACACACACCCCUCGCACAACCUCAUCCUCAAGUACACCGAUGAUCUGAACAGGAUGCCCUACCGUCAGAAGUUUCCUCGGCUGGAGCCGAAAAACGUCCAGUUCUGGUUCAAAAAUAGACGCGCGAAGUGCAAAAGACUCAAAAUGUCAUUGUUUGACGCACCGAGCAGUGGGCUCCCGCCUCAACAGUCGUAUCAUCAUCAUUUGGCAGCCGCCUUGUCUGGAGAGAACUUUUCAGGUCGUGAUUGAAUACAGAAUAUUGUAGAUGUAUCCAAUUUAUCCCCAUAACUUACUCUGUUUUGUACAUAAUUUGUAAGAAACCUUAUGCUUGUAUGUUGCUGAACCACAAUAGGCUGAUUAUCGUCUUAGUCAAUAUGUAUCUUAUCCUCGAUGAUGUGUAUCUGAUUCUUGAAUGAUUCGUAUCUAAUUCUCAGAUGAUGUGUAUCUGAUUCUCAGAUAAUG